AGUUGGUUAUUUCAAGACGACUCCCCAGCGCAAUGGGGGAGGGCCCAGGAAACUUUUAAAAUUCGAAUGCAAUCCGUCAAUAUAUUUUUUAGUAUAAUUAUAAUGAAUAUCAUGUAUCCCUUAGGUCCUUUUGAACCAAAAAAAAAGAGUGCAUUUUUCACCUUGAACCCAUCAAAAAAUUGUAAAAUCAUUUUUUACCUUCUAGAGAUUCCUCUGCCUUAAGAUUCCCGCCCAACUUUUAAACACAGAACCUAUCGAUAUACCAAACACGAUUUUUUGAUGGUUUCACCAGCUUAUUUUGGAUCGUAGCACCAAGAGGUCACUCUAAUACUCCGCGAAAUGUUUUGCUACAAGUUGCCUUGCGGGGACUUCCAAACCCUAACAAAAAUGACUGAAACCGGCAUUACUUUCGAUCCGCCGGUGUACGAGCAGAGGUACUGCGCCGCCAUCCAGGUCCUGGAGGACGUCCGCUGGUCCAAGCAGAUCAAGAAGGUGGUCGAGUUCGGCUGUGCCGAGAUGCGCUUCUUCCAGCUAAUGCGUCGCAUAGAAACAAUAGAAAAUAUUGUGCUGGUGGAUAUUGACGAGCCCUUGCUCAGGAAAAACUCAACUAGCGUCGAUCCCUUGGUCUCUGAUUAUAUAAGGCGGCGUGAGGCUCCUCUAAGCGUUCAGAUUCUACAGGGAAGUGUGGCGGAUUCUUCGGAGGAAUUGCGAGACACAGAUGCUGUAAUUGCAUUAGAACUAAUCGAGCACGUUUACGACGAUGUUUUGGCCAAAAUUCCCUCCAAUGUUUUUGGUUUUAUGCAGCCCAAAUUGGUGGUGUUCAGCACACCAAACUCGGACUAUAACGUCAUAUUCACUCGAUUCAAUCCCCUUCUGCCAAAUGGAUUUCGCCAUGACGAUCACAAGUUUGAGUGGACUCGGGAGGAGUUUAAGUCCUGGUGCUUGGGUAUCGUAGAGAAAUACCCGAACUACAUGUUCUCCCUGAUGGGUGUGGGUGAUCCCCCAAAGGACCUCGAAUCCGUGGGUCACGUUUCACAGAUAGCCAUAUUCGUUCGCAAGGAUUUUCUGGAGUUGCAGCUGGAGAAUCCUUUGGUUACGACACCUAAACUGAACGAAGAAUCCACUCCUUACAAGUUAAUUCAUUCUGUCGACUACCCUUUUUAUGUGGAUACCCGCACCGAGAAGGAAAAACUCUGGACCGAGGUCCAAAUAGAACUUCAGCGCUUCAAAAGAAUUGCCAAUUCUUCUGAGAACGAGCAGGAUUCUUACCAGGACGCCUAUAAAAUGCCUGUCACCCUUUUAUUGGAUCGCCUGCAUCACAUGGGUGCUACUAAAGAAGUCCUCCUGGAAUUACUGCGAGAGAACGAAAUAAAAACAGAUGAAGAGUGUGUUAUAAUUGAAGAUUCCGAUGAGGAAUCACAGUGGUCUGAUCCCUAUGCGUUGUCUGAACGUCUUUCCCAGGACGUAGUAUUGACUGACCAGGAACAAGGGGAGGAGUGCUGGGACUUGAAUCCGGUAUCGUAACUAAAGAUCUGAUUAUUUUGCAUCUACAACUAUUUGACAAAAUCAUUGUAAGCUAAGCUCUAAUUAUACGGUUCAUAGAGCAUAUUUAUUAAGUAACAUUCCAGGGAUCUCGCUAAUAUUUAGCAAUACAUGCUCCCUCAUGGAAACUCAAAAUUAAUGUUCGUAAUACUUCUAAUUUAGUUCGAGUCAUUAAUUCUCAUUUUGUUUGUUGAAUAAACCAUUCCCCUUGUUGUGUUG